UGAACUUUAUUUGAAGGAUCGGGUCAUUUUGAUAUUUACUAAUCCUCAAAAACACAAUCCGGUGAUGAGAGGUUAGGCGCCAAAACCAGUUUAUAAAUAGGCGAGCGGCGUAGGAAAAACGUAGCGGGAAAGAGGAGCGAGCACGUAGCAGGUAGGAGUGAGAAAUCCAGAAAAUGGUGUUUAUUUGCUUCGUGUUGGAGCUCCGGAGCUUAUCUCCUCCAUUGCUUCGCGAUUUGAAGCAGUCGAUGUUACAGCUUGCAAAUUUCUAUGCUAUAUCGUCACCGACUAGUAGUACAAGCAGUUCGAGAUCGAAACCGCUGCUCGAUCGCAUUGGACUUUGCUAUUUGUACAAAAAUCGACUCUCACGAACUGAUGAACUUAAGGUAGCUUAUAGUCCACGAGGAAACUUCAGUCUCCGAGAUUUCCAUCAUGCUGUGAACAAUUUGCCUUCUGAUGCCUUUUUACCUGAUUUCAACGGUUCUGGAGCUCUAUGUUGUAGCGAUUUGAAACUUAGCAGUAUCCUAAAUGACAAAGUUUUGUACUCAUGGGGAGGUCAUAGUAAAGAUAUUACUAGAAAGGUGGUUUUGAUCAGUUCCUGCAUAAUUGAAACCCUGGACUCUGCUACCAAAAAGGUUCUCAUGGAUGCAGCAGCUAACUGUAUAUCAAUAGAGUUUGUCUUCUUGGAGCAAAAUUCAAGUCAUCUUGCUGAUAUUCCUGAAAGUAUUAACAAAUUCUUGAAGCAGAUUGGUGAUCUCGAGAACUGUUCUUUUCAAAACUACAUUCCAGAUGCACAUGCUUUGUCUGGCUUGGUAAAGAAAUGGUUUCAGGAACUGAAGGAGGGCUUGGAAGAACAAAUACAGGCUCGUUUUGUCUUUAAGAUCAAUCUUUUAGGUUCAACAAAUCAGAUAUCCUGCAACUUGUGCACCUCUUUCAAUCAGAUAAUUGAUGAAUUCGUUCCUUGUAAGUCAUGCAGGUGUCAUGGCAUUCCAUUUGACAACUCAAGAACAAUCCCGACCGAUAUGCCUUCUUGUCCAGUAACUGGUGUUGAGCUUGGAGUACUGGAUUUGGUUGAUAGCUCAGUGAAGAUAGGAGAACAUACAAUCCUCUAUAUGCCCUCUUUUCAGUGUUGCCAGGACCUUCAGAAAGUUCCUUUACCAAUUAACUUCAAUGUCAUUGAAAGAACUAACUUGAGCUCACUUGAUGAAGGGAUUAUUUUAGGUGCUUCCUACAUUGUUACCCCAGCCUUCUCUGAGUUGGUUGAUACUGAUGUAUCAGAGCUAAAUGUUAAACUUUUUCGCGUGCUGUGUGGUAUACUGCACUCCCUUGACCAGGGUUUAGUUUGCUCAUCAAAUUGUAAUAUAGAGACAGCAAAGCAAACUUCCUUCCUGUGCUAUUAUAUUCUUUUACCUUCAGAGAAAGGAGUGAUGAUUCUAAGAAGGCUUGCUGGAUCAGAGGAAGUUUUGCCUAUUCCUGACAUCACUAAUAUUGCUUGCAUCCCAGUCAGCAAGGAUAUUGAAAAUUCUCUGCAGGCCUCUUUGCUUAAGAUCGAGUUAAGAAAUUACGAUCCAGUUCAGCACGACAGGGGGUUCCAUCAAAGACUAAACUUGCUUGUCAAAGAGAGCCUACAAUUUGGGGCAAUACCUGCUAAGGCUAAAGAACUGGUGACUGCAUCAAACACAGCUCUGCAAGACCCUGUGGUAGAGGAUUUAUCAGUACAAGCCAACAAUGUGGAGGUUAUAGAAGAAAACAUGCUGGAUAGCAUUUUGGCUGAUGGUAAAAUUGGUGCAAAAAUUACAGAAGAAUGGGAACAGCUGGUUGUAUUAGAGAUGCCAAAGAUGUCUUCUCCCGCCUGUCUCUCCAAGCCGAAGUUGCAUAAGGAGGUUUCAUCUCCCCCUCAAAGUACUGGGAAACUUGAUGAUAAAACUUCACGAAUCCUUGAAAGACUGGAGAUACCAAAGCAGCUGAAAAGAAAAGCAGCUUCCCCUACAUUGUCAAGUUUCCAAACAGUGUCAAUCUCUUCAGUAAAGAAGCCUUUGAUCCCCUUUGGACCCAGUAAUACUGACAGUCAGGUAAUUGUUUUGAGCCAGCCCAUAAAACCAAACUUUCAGAGGCUAAAGAGGAAAAGAUAACUAGGAAAAUCCUUUUCAAGCAGAAAGCUUUCAGUAUGCAGAGGUCCGUCUUCUCGUUCUAUGUUGUUUUGGCAUCUCUAAUUCUCUAGCAUGCUGUCUUUUCAUAAGAUAACUGUGCAUAAGAUGUUCUACAUUUUACUUUAAUCCUAACAGUCUUGAACUAUUAACAACUCUGGAUGAUCAUGAUUACCACCAUACCUUGUGAUAUGCCUUAUUAGAUUUUGAAAUGAAGAGCUUUGAACUAUAUAUGCUACAAUUUAUCAAAGAUUUAAGGAUUUUGUCUGGGAAAGGUCUUUGUAGCUUAAUCUUUGACAGUUGACAGUGACACAUUAUAAAGAAUGAACUUGUGCCGGGAAAUGAACUGGAAAUACCAAACUCAGGAACGACAAGUUCAAUUAGUUAAAUUCUGAUGCAUCCUUACAUUUUGAAAGAUGAGUACAUCAAACCAUAGUUCUAACUUCAAGAAGAGUGAUGUACUGACGUAUCAUCGUCCACCUAGCAUUCAGGGAGGAGAUUAGAUAGGUACACUUCGAGAGACUAGAAAGACUUGUUAGUACAACAACAACAUACCCCCCACUAGUGUGAUCUCAUAAGUGGGGUUUGGGGAAGGUGAAUGUACGCGGACCUUACCUUACCUUGCGUGAGGUAAAGAGACUUUUAUGAUAGACUAGACUAGAAAGCCAAAGACUUGUUAGUGAGUUCUUUAUUCCUCUUUUUUACUUCAUGAAGAGUGAGACAUUAUUUCCUCAAAUAUUAGUGGGAAAUAUGGCUUUUAGCUAGUUUGCAAGCUUUCACCAUAUUCUUCACUUUUUUUUUCCUUUGCUUCAGUUUUGGUCAGUCUUCGUUCCUUUUCCUGGUGCAUCAAAAUAGUCUUUUGGCCCACCGCUGUAUAUGAUGACCCAUCAAAUAAAUAAGUAAUCAGUUUUUGAUGAGUUUUGCUCAUCAGUGCAGGAAAUUCUUAGUGGUGCUGUAGAAAACAUGUCCUUCGAAACUACAAUUUUGUCUAUUCUGCAUUUGUGUGCCGUUCGGCACCAAACGGUUGUGUGAAAAGCCACUAUAAGCCUUCCUGUAUCCCAUCUUUUAGCUUCUAUAUUGUUGUGGGACGUCAAAAGACCAACUAAUCUAUGAUUUGAAGUUGGUGGAUGGAGUAUCACUAUAUUCACCGGUAUAUCUUUGUGCGAGUGGUGGGGUUUAAUGAUAAUAUCCACUCUUUUUAAACGUCUUUAGUCAUAAAUAAAUAAUUAAAUUAGAGGUCAAGUUGAAGCACUAUCAAUAUCCCUUUACUUCCAUCUGUCCCAUGACUAAUUACGUUUUUGUAUAUGAUUAUGGGACAACACUGAGUGCAUUUAAUUAUACACAAUUUAAUGUAGUACAAGAAAAUAAUUUUAAUAAGUUAGCAUUCAAAUUUAAAUAUACUCUCUCAAGAAUCAUACUAUAUUCAAAUAUACAAUUUUAAUCUUAAAACGAACAACAAACGGGCAUGUCCUCCGGCUGAAAUUUGUUGAAUCCGAGUUGGCGCACAAUGCUUCAAUAUUCUUUUAGGGAAGCAAUCAUUCAUUACUACACCACAUUAUAGGCUAGUGUAAAACAAUUUAAGUAUCAUGUUUCAUAUUCUGUACUUGCAGUAAUAUUUGUCAUUGUCUUCUGUUGUUGUUUUCAUGUUAUAAUAUUACCGUUUUCGCCGUUAUCUUGUAAUUUUGCUUUCAUUGUCAAUAUCUGGUAGUUGGAUAAAUGAUCAAUUUCGGAUUUUUUUUCUUCC